CUUCGCGCGGGCCAGGCCUCACAGAACCCUGUUUUAGAGGUUCCCCCCUUAUCUGUGGCCGAUAAGCGGGCCGCCUGGCAGCUCGCCAAGGCUUUGAAUGGGGCAAGGCUUUCAAGGUUGUCCGGAUGAGGCGAUCCUCCCUCUUCAACCUCGACCUGUGACCAAACAUCGGGAUCAAGCGGGCUAGCCACUCUUCCGCCCGCAUCGUGACCCGUCACCUCCUCCCGCGUCCCCUCCAUAUCGCUCACAAGAGAGUUCCUUUCUACCCUCGAAACCGAUUCUAUCCCCCCACUGGUGCCAUGUUGCCUGGCUCGGUGCGGCGCGUUGCCGCAGCGGCGCCUCACACGCCGAUUCUGUCCUCCAUCGGCGCAGCCGCCUCACGACCAGCCGUCGCGAACAUCACCCUGACCUGUAGGCCUCUCUCACAGAGACGGUACUCUUCGUCGAAGCCAUCGCGGGACUCGGGGGACCUGCCCGUCAACCAGUCCGUCCAGCCAUCAACCGUAUCCAAGAACGCCAGCGCAAAAUCUUCCGGCGAGAAGAGGAAACGGAAAGCAAAGGAGAGCUCCGAGGAACAACAGCUCCCGAGGGUGCCCAGCACACAAAGCAUACCCAACGAAUCCCUCGCCCUAUCCUCCUUCUUCUCCCUCCACAGGCCGAUCUCGGUGACACAUAGCCUCCCCCGAAUCGUGACCGACGAUGCCUUCGCAGCGAUAUUCACACAGCGGGCCCGGGCAGCGAGGACCUCCGAGGUCAUGUCCACCAUCUCGCGCACCGUCCAGGGCAUAGAACAGCCCAUGGCAGCCCUCUCCAUCGAGAGCGACGUUAACAGCCACGGCCCCGAGUCCGAGUCCGGCUCACACAAGCCCGACGCGAUGUACGGCGACAGCCCCGAGGUCGCCGUCUCGGUCCAGGUCAACUCCAUGUCCGGCAGCUUCCUGCCCUUCUGCCCGCCACCCCUGCCGCAGCCGCACUCCGCCACCGCCACCGGCGCAUCCGAGGGCAAGGGCCCCGCCGCCGCCGCCUCCGAGGAGGACCAGCAGACGCAGACGCGCGUGUACAGGGCCGUCUUCACGAUCGAGGAGUCGACGGACGCGCAGGGCGACGUCAAGAUCCUGGCGCACAGCCCGGAGCUGAUCGACGAGCCCCAGCAGGAGGGCAGCGGCGGCGCCUGGGCGCCGGCCGCCGCGCCCGAGCCGAGGACGUUCCUGGAGCGCAUGGCGCUGCGGCAGAUGCGCUACGAGGACUCGCGCGAGCAGCAGCAGCACGUGAGGGACAGCAGCAUCCUGGCCAUCAGCGUCAAGAGGCAGAGGAAGCUCAAGAUGAAGAAGAAGAAGUACAAGAAGCUCCAGAAGAGGCUCAGGCACGAGAAGAGGAAGCUCGACAAGUAGUAGUGUCUUUGUUGUGCGUGUGCGCGCGCGCGCGCGUGUGAGCUGGUCGGUCGGGAUCCCUUCGGGCUAGUUCGGGGGGCAAGCAUCUUCGCACUAUUGGUGUGCAUGUUUCCGGUGUUGCCUGCUUGUCUUGUCUUCCAUUUUCUACUACUUUGCACGGGUCGUGAGUGGUUGCAGCAUUAGAGGCCAUCUUCAGGCGACGUCAUGGCAGAUAUUAGAGGGGGUUUUCUGUAUCGGUACUUAACUCUCUCCGACCACAUGGUUCAUACCACUGCGUUGCGACCUCGUGCUUUGAUUGCUUGGCCCCCGUACCUCUGGGCCGGUGUGUCCAUCCAUUGCAAAGCUAUACCCUUCCAAAAUCUCGAGAAUAUGGGCACGUUCUGUGGCUUACUAUCAGAACCAGCUCCUUAGCGAUGGACUUGUGCAGCAUCCCCUGAUCUUGAGUAAUGUUUCAACCGUCUUUCAGACAUAGACUACUACUAGACGAGGAGAAUCAAAGCAUUACUGGCACUAUUUCUUCUGA